CAACUUCCACCUCGUCGGUGGGAUCUUGUUAAAGAGACGUUUACGUGCAGGGAUGAACAUAUACUAUUUCUAGCUGCAGCCCUGAAGGUGUGCCGGCUCAUACAGUGUGAGGUCCAGCUGUUCCGGUGAACAAUGCAAUCAAAAAAUGUUCCGUUAACGUUUUACUGAUGUGUAACUAAGUAACUAGUCGGUAACAUCUGCUCCCGUAACGCCUCCAUGUCAAAUCGCUUUUUGGCUCCAAAGUACAACUAUAACAUCAGGUGAGUUCGGUAAUGUGAGAAUUCACCGGCUCAAAUACUGUUUCACCGGACUAUUGUCACCGUGAUCCUUUGAUUUUUUGUAGACGGACAUUAAUGUUACUGUAUAGAUUGAGAUUUCUGCAAGAAGCAACAUGAGUGGAAGAGUAGAAGCAACCGGGGAACCGUCUCCCGGGGCUUCUCCUCCCGCCCAGGAGAACGCGACAGAACAACGGAAGAGGACGAAAAUCAUUUUCGUGGUUUACGUCAUCGUUGCUUUGGAUGUAACAUGGAUGUUUUUACAGUUUUCCGUCACCCCUUAUUUGGCAAAGAAACUUGGCCUCGACACCUUGUGGUUUGGUUAUUUACAAACCACAGUCGGUGUAAUCCAGCUGCUUGGGGGUCCUAUAUUUGGAAGGUUUGCAGAUGUCUUCGGAGCACGAGCAGCUUUGUCUCUGUCGUGUUCCUCCACUGUCGUUUUCUUUCUGCUGCUGGCCAUAGCAGAGAAUCCUGCCAUGCUGUUCAUCCACAAACUCCCCACUGUCUUCAUGCACGUUUUAACUGCGUCUCAGAUGGUCGUCGCAGACCUUUCGGCGCCUGAGAAACGGGCCGAUGCUUUAUCCAAACUCGGUCUGUGUUUUGGCAUCGGCAUGAUAACUGGCUCCACGUUGGGCGGCCAUCUUAGCACACGCUAUGGGGAGACAUUCACUGCAUGUUUUGGCGCUGUGGGGAGCGCCUUCAGUUUACUGUUGGUUUUAAAGUUUAUCCCCAAAACGACCAAAUCUCAAGCUUCAAGAACCCACAAACACAGUGAGAACAAAAGUAAGUCCAUAUUCAACGUGGGAGAGAUCACCCGGCUGCUGAAGUUUCCCGGUGUGAAGCGGACGUUUCUCGUGAAGAUAGUUGCCGGUUUGCCGACAGGCAUUUUUCAGGUGAUGUUCUCCGUCAUUACGUUGGACUUCUUCAAGCUGAGACCUGAGCAGAAUGGCUAUCUGAUGGCAUACUUUGGCGUGGCCUCAAUGGUGGUCCAGGGAGGAGUGGUCGGUCGGCUUACAGCGAGGUACUCGGAGAACUCGCUGCUGCUUCUGGCCAUCGGAGUUUCCUCUUUGGUGGGAUUGGCUCAGGCGUACAUGCAGGACGUGUUCCAGUUCUGCCUCAUCGUCUUCCCCAUGAUGUUUUCUCUCAGUUUGUUUAACGUCAUCACAGACACCAUGCUCACCAAGAGCGUGCCGUCCUCCGACACAGGCACGAUGAUGGGACUGUGUGCAUCCGUCCAAUCUCUGCUCCGCACAGUCGGGCCGACUGUUGGCGGCUUCUUGUACGUGAACUACGGAAUUUCCUCUAUCGGCUUAAUCCAGUUUGUCGUGAACGUCGGCGUGUUUGGGCUCCUGCUGCAGCGUCAUCUCACGAGGACUGCCGAGCAUCAGGAAUGAAAUAUUGAUUUGAUAAUAAUGUUUGAUUUUUGGAACAAUCCCUGUGUAACCCGCUGAUAUAUUGAAUGUAUUGAAGUCAUCCAGUGAUUUACAUGAUGAGAUAUGGUCAAGAAUUUGUUGCUGUUUAAUAAUCUGUGGUGGAGAUUCAGAGUUGAACCACUAGAUGGCAGCAGAUCCUCUCUUCUACCAGGUGAUACUUAUAUUUUCCAGGGUGUAGUUUGCCGCUAUUGAGAUUUCAUGAAAACAUCAUUGCACGUGAUUCAAUAUUAGACCAAUCAACAUCCCUGCUAAUUGAAAAUAGAGCAAUGUAUAAUGAAAGUUUAUUUUCUUAUUAAAAUUAUUAUUAUUCUUUAAAAAAAUGAUUUGUGCAUUAAUUCAUAUAAAGGCCAUGAAGUAAUACAGACUUCUCUUCGCAUUGAAUAGUAUUAAUCUGUGGCAUAAAUAUCUGUAUUUGAUCCAGUAUAUAAAUAUAAUGAAGAUCGAAUUAAUAUUUCAGGCCCGUCUUCGUUCCUCCCCCAUUAGUCAUCUCAUGUCCCUUCAGGUUUAUGCGCUGACUCUUUGGAGGGGCCCAACCCCCAGAUUUGGAACCGUUGAACUGAAUAUUACCUGCAAAGUGGAUUAACUACCUCCACCGUCUGAAAUGCCACUCACGCAUUAAUGCAGAUUAAUCUAAUAAUGCAAUCUAUAAUGAUUUAUCAGCUGCAGAGGGUAUUUUUAGAUUGUUAUAUUCAUACUUUUACUGGAAUAAAGGAUAUAAUUAGAGUAACAGCGCCAAUAUUUAUUAAUGAAUAUAUUGAAUCACCAGUGCAGAAAAACAAAUGACGUACUGUGUGGAGGACAAACAAAUCCUGUAGUGGUAAUCACAGCCUCAGUUGUUCUCUGUCAUAUUUAUUUAAAGUUCUCGGCCUCUAAGCUGCAGCGUGUUGAAGUGAUGUCACAGAAUCUGCGGCAGGUGGUUUCAUUGUUUCUACAAAGUACUUUGUGUUUUUGAAAUAUUACGACCAGCAAUCCGGGAUCACAGUUGGGGGUGAGCGGUGUUAUAGAAUUAUUAUGGGUCAGGCAACACCUUCAACAGAUGUCACUGGUGUGAUUUCUAUGCCAGUUUGUUGAGCCGAUGAAAGCAGCCACACAAAAAGAGGCCACACUGUGCCUUUCAGAUUACAUCUAAAAAUAAGUAAACACACAAACAUGUUCAGAUUAUUUUCUGUGUUUUCUUCAUGAUCGUUAGGAGGGAUUUUGAAACACAGAUAUAUCAGAUAGAUGUGUACGUUUUUAAAUCAAGGUAUUGCAUACAACAUUAAAAUGUCUCUAGAACAUU